GCUGCAUCUUUGUGUACGUAUGUAUUAGUAAGACAAGAUACAUAAGAAAGCAACUGCUGGCUAAAGUACGAUGUCUGUAGUUGUUUGUUUUUCCAAACAACUAUGGCAUGUGUAUUAUUCAAGAAAAUAAGAGCGCCUGUAUUUUUUCACUCCUACAAGAUCCUCUCACAAAAAAGAACCCAAUUCCAACUUCUGUCUCUCUUUUCCUUAUCAAUCGGAAAUAUUCAUGCCAAUCCAAACGAAGAAUCAGUUCCCUCCUUCUCCUCCCGUCUUCUCUCGAAAACCCACUUGGUUCCUGUGAAUUUGGAGAAAUCAUCGCCUUGUGGUCGAAAUCCAUGUGGGGAGAUAAUCUCAUCAAACAAGACUAUCACUAGCUAUGUUAGAUCCGGAGAUCUAGACUCUGCCCUUCAAUUUUUCAAUGGCAUGGCCGUCAAAACUACGGUUACGUGGAACUCAAUUCUUACUGGGUACUCCAAAAGGCCUGGGAAAGUGACACAGGCCCGCGAGCUGUUUGACAAAAUACCUCAACCAGACACGGUGUCCUACAAUAUUAUGCUAUCUUGUUAUAUUCACAAUCAUGACAUUGAUAUUGCAUGGGAUUUUUUUCUUUUGAUUCCCAUUAAGGACAUAGCGUCUUGGAAUACCAUGAUUUCGGGGUAUGCCAGGAAGGGGAUGAUGGCCAAAGCACAUGAGUUGUUUUUUGAAAUGCCAGAGAAAAAUAGUGUUUCAUGGAGUGCAAUGAUUUCAGGUUAUGUGGAAUGUGGGAACUUGGACUCAGCCCUGGAGUUAUUUAAGGCUGCCCCAGUUAAAAGUGUGGUGGCAUGGACAGCAGUGAUUACUGGGUAUAUGAAGUUUGGGCUAGUUGAAUUGGCAGAGAAGCUGUUUUGGGAGAUGAAAGUAAAGAAUUUGGUCACUUGGAAUGCUAUGAUAGCUGGUUACAUUGACAACUGUAGAGCGGAAGAUGGCUUGAAGCUUUUUAAAGUGAUGCUAGGAUUUUGCAUCAGGCCUAAUCCAUCAAGCUUGAGCAGUGUUUUGCUGGGUUGCAGUCAAUUAUCUGCAUUGCAGCUGGGCAGACAAGUUCAUCAGCUAGUUUGUAAAUUUUCUAUAUGUGAUGAUACGACAGCCAGCACUUCAUUGAUUAGCAUGUAUUGUAAGUGUGGAGAUCUUGAGGAUGCUUGGAAAUUGUUCCUUGAGACUCCAGGAAAGGAUGUUGUCACUUGGAAUGCGAUGAUAUCUGGGUGUGCUCAACAUGGGGAAGGUGAGAAAGCUCUACAUUUGUUUGAAAAGAUGAGGGUAGAUGGUAUAAAACCAGAUUGGGUUACAUUUAUUGCGGUUUUGUUGGCUUGCAGCCAUGCAGGAUUGGUAGACCUUGGCAAGCGAUUAUUUGAUUCUAUGGUAAGGGAUUAUGGAGUUGAUGCCAAGCCUGAUCACUAUACGUGCCUGGUUGACCUUCUUGGCCGAGCUGGCAAGCUGAUUGAGGCUGUAGAUUUGAUAAAGAAAAUGCCUUUCAAUCCUCAUUCUGCCAUAUUCGGAACACUUUUGGGAGCAUGUCGGAUCCACAAAAACCUAGAAGUGGCAGAGUUUGCUGCCAAGAACUUGCUUAAACUGGAUCCAACGAGUGCAGCAUGUUAUGUUCAACUUGCUAAUGUUUAUGCAGCAAUGAAGAGAUGGGAUAAUGUCAGCGGCAUUCGGAGAUCAAUGAAAGACAAUAAGGUGAUAAAGACCCCAGGAUAUAGUUGGGUUGAGGUAAAAAGUGUGGUCCAUCAGUUCAGAUCUGGUGAUAGGAUGCACCCAGAACUGGCCUCUAUUUAUGAAAAACUAAGGGAAUUGGAAAAGAAAAUGAAGUUAGCAGGCUAUGUGCCAGAUCUCGACUUUGCAUUGCAUGACGUGGAAGGAGAACUGAAAGAGCAGCUGCUGUUAUCACACAGUGAGAAACUGGCCAUUGCUUUUGGGCUCAUGAAAGUGCCUUUAGGGACUCCAAUUCGCGUGUUCAAAAACUUGAGAGUAUGUGGGGAUUGCCAUCAUGCUACGAAGUAUAUAUCAGCAAUUGAAAAUAGGGAAAUCAUUGUCAGAGACACCACAAGGUUUCAUCACUUUAAGGACGGAAUUUGCUCUUGCAAAGAUUACUGGUAAUCUUGCUGAAAUGAAGUUCCAUGAGAACUAGUAAUGGUUUCUGCCAUCGCCAUCGAACGUCAUCAGAACUUGACAUGUAGGAAAAGGUUAAAUGAGGGUUGAGUCUUCAUCCAUCUUGUUUGAGUUGAUCGGCUGGCUGAAAAAUAUGGAGCACCUAGCAUUUCACAAUUACAUAAUCCUUUUCAGGAA